AAAACGCCGUUUAGUCCGUUGAAAUCGAGGAUUCCUUUCCCUCCCUUUUCCUGUUAGGACAGAAAAUAUUGUGCUCUGGUUAUCCAGACAACACAAGCGAGUUAUUGAGUUUUGGAGUGACUGUUGUUACUACGAUUGGAGCUUGCUUUCAGAGCAAGGAAGAGUUGGAAUUCCGUCUUCUAUCAAACGCUGCAUCGUGGGAGCUCGAGAGAGAGAAGGAGACCGAGCGCUACUCGAGGGAGGGGCCAGGGCUACGCUGCAACUCAGGGGGCCCCGCUGCGAAGGUCUCUCUCUUUCUCUCCGUGGAUUGCAGUUAUCGGGCUUCUUUCUGCAUUCGUCUAUAUUCAAAAUGUAUGGUGGUGAUGAGGUUUCUGCCAUUGUCCUUGAUCUGGGUUCUUACACAUGCAAAGCUGGAUAUGCUGGGGAAGAUGCUCCAAAGGCAGUGUUUCCAUCUGUUGUUGGUUCCAUUGAGCAUGCAGGAACAACUGAUUCUGUCAAACCUGAGAAGGAUUCAGAUUCCCUGUCAGAUUCGAAGAAUGGCACCAAACCAGCAGAUUCUGAUAAGUCCAAGAAAAAACGCAGUCUUUAUGUUGGAACACAAUCUUUGGGAUACCGCAGGGACCAUAUGGAGGUUAUUUCACCUUUUAAAGAUGGUGGUGUUGUAGACUGGGACAUUGUUGAUAACAUAUGGGAACAUGCUUUCAGGGAGCGUUUGUUGAUUGACCCCCAAGAGCAUCCGAUGCUACUUGCAGAACCUUCUUCUAAUACACAGCAACAGAGGGAGAGGACCGCAGAACUUAUGUUUGAGAAAUACAAGGUUCCGGCUUUGUUCCUUGCGAAAAAUGCUGUUCUUACAUCCUUUGCUUCUGGACGUGCUACUGCUUUGGUUGUUGAUAGUGGUGGUGGUUCUACGACAGUGUCCCCUGUGAGCGAUGGUUACGUUCUUCAAAAGGCAGUAGUUUCAUCUCCAAUAGGAGGAGAGAUUCUAACUGAAUGUAUGAUGAAGAGUUUGGAAAGCAAAGGAAUCACUAUAAGACCUAGAUAUUCUUUCAAGAGAAAGGAAGUGCGGCCAGGAGAAUUUCAGACUAUAGACCUUGAUGUUCCCAACACAACAGAAAGUUACAAGCUAUACUGCCAGAGGGUAAUCGCAAGUGAUAUAAAAGAAUGUGUAUGUCGGGCACCGGAUUCUGCUUAUGAUGAAAGUGCAUAUGCUAACAUUCCAAUGACGCCAUAUGAGCUACCUGACGGACAGACUAUUGAAGUUGGUGCUGACAGAUUCAAGAUUCCAGAUAUUCUGUUUAAUCCGUCUCUAAUCCAGACGAUACCUGGGAUGGAGAGCCUUGCAGAUUCCUUACCUUCUAUACGUGGCCUUCCUCAAAUGGUUAUUGAGAGCAUUAAUAAGUGCGACGUGGACAUACGGAGGGAUUUGUUUAGUACUGUGUUGCUGUCUGGUGGUACUGCUUCAAUCCAACAAUUGAAGGAACGACUUGAAAAGGACGUGGGUGAGGAGGCUCCUCAGGCUGCACGUGUUAAGGUGUUGGCAAGUGGCAAUGCAACAGAAAGACGGUUCAGUGUCUGGAUUGGCGGGAGCAUUUUGGCCUCACUUGGUUCAUUCCAGCAAAUGUGGUUCUCAAAGGCUGAGUACGAGGAACAUGGAACUGCAUAUAUUCAGAGAAAAUGUCCAUGAGAAACAUCUUUAUAUAUUCAGUUAAACUAAGCACCUUCAUCCUUGUUUAUGGGAGUGAGGAAGCAAAUGAUCGUGUACCAUUAUGAAGCUAGGGCAUUAUCGCAGCACAUCAAUGGAGAUGUUGUGAACAAAAAUUCAGAGAAAAUGUCCAUGAGAAACAUCUUUAUGUAUUCAGUUAAACCAAGCACCUUCAUCCUUGUUUAUGGGAGUGAGGAAGCAAAUGUUCGUGUACCAUUAUGAAGCUAGGGCAUUAUUGCAGCAUUGCAGCACAUCAAUGGAGAUGUUAUGAACAAAAAUUCAGUUGCGAACUCAGGCUGCACCAAUGUUCGCUUUUAUUUAUUCCAGUUUUAAAUUAUGGAGCACAUAGUGGAAACUUCAAUUCACAGAAUUGCUUUCACCAUACUUACACAUUCUAUCUGGCACCAUGGGGUUGUUUGGCAAUGAAAACAAUAACAAACCGUUCCAUCUGGCAUUCUUAAAAAUUGAGAAAAAUUCAUGGAACACUUUUUUGAGACA